AUGAGCUUCGGUAAACCUACCAUGCGGGUUACUCCUGGUACUUCUCUAAUAGCAGUGAUCCAUGAAAGAAACACUGUGGUGUGCCUCGAAAGGCCAGCCGUCAUGAUUGAGUGCGGCGCUUUUGCUGGCUUUCAGUGGUUUUUCCUCAAAAUGAAUACACGUUCUCGUACUCGCCGUGCGUCUGAAGUAAACGCAUUAUAUGAGGCUGCAGAUGUUUUUGACGACGAAGAAAGUGAAAGCGAGACUGAAUCAGUUUUUGAAGUGCAGCAUAAUGAGAGUGAUGAAGACGGAAGCGAAGAAGAGCAGGUAGAAGCUGUUGAAAGUAAGUCAUCAAGCAAUGAGUCUGAAUCAAUACCUAGUACAUCAGGCAAGAGGAAACGUGGUCGACCAAGC